ACACCUCCUGGUGACACCAGCACAUCUGUGACCACUUCGACCUACCUCACUUCAUCUCCUACAAUUUCUGAAGUCACCACGAUGCCAAACUCUACUCCUAGUGAAGGAAGCACUCCAUUAACAACUAUUCCUGUCAGCACCACACGUGUGACCAGUUCUCAGGGUAGCACCCUUACAACACCUUCUGUUGACACCAGCACACGUCUCACUACUUCUAUCCAAGCCAGUUCAUCUCCUACAACUCCUGAAGUCACCACCAUGCCAAUCUCAACUCCUAGUGUACGAGGCACUCCAUUAACAACUAUUCCUGUCAGCACCACACCUGUGACCAGUUCUGAGGGCAGCACCCUUUCAACACCUUCUGUUGACACCAGCACACCUGUGAUUACUUCCACCCAAGUCAGUUCAUCUGCUACAACUCCUGAAGGUACCAGAAUGCCAACCUCGACUCCUAGUGACGGAAGCACUCAAUUAACAACUAUUCCUGUCAGCACCACACGUGUGACAAGUUCUCAGGGUAACAUCCUUUCAACACCUUCUGUUGACACCAGCACAGCUAUGACCACUUCUACCCACGUCAUUUCAUCUCCUACAACUUCUGAAGGUACCAGUAUGCCAAUCUCGCCUCCUAGUGAAGGAAGCACUCCAUUAACAACUAUGCCUGUCAGCACCACAUCGGUGACCAUUUCUGAUCCUAGCACAGCUUCAACAGCUCCUCCUGACACCGGCACUUCUGUGACCACUUCGACCUACCUCACUUCAUCUCCUACAACUCCUGAAGUCACCACGAUGCCAAUCUCUACUCCUAGUGAAGGAAGUACUUUAUUAACAACUAUUCCUGACAGCACCACACGUGUGACCAGUUCUCAGGGUAGCACCCUUUCAACACCUUUUGUAGACACCAGCACACCUGUGACUACUUCUAUCCAACACACCUGUGACCACUUCUAUCCAAGUCAGUUCAUCUGCUACAACUCCUGA